AUGAACGACAAUCGAACCUCUCAGCUCCCCCUUCCUCCCCCACCUCUUCUUCCCUCAACAACCCACCACCUCACUAUGCCUCAGCACCAGUGGGACUACCUGUUCGCCAUUGGCACCAUCUUCGCCGGCAUUGGCUCGUACAUGAUCGGAGCCAACGAUGUCGCGAACAGCUUCGCAACAUCGGUGUCGUCGAAGUCCCUGACCCUCCGUCAGGCAUGUCUGGCUGCCGCGGUCAUGGAGUUCCUUGGUGCAGUGCUGGUCGGUGCUCGUGUGACCACCACGAUCAAGAACGGGAUUGUCGGUGCUGAAAUCUUCGCCGACAAUCCUGGUGUCCAACUCCUCGGCUUCACUGUCGCUAUCGUCUCCUCGUCCAUUUGGUUGACCAUUGCUACCCGCAUGGCAUGGCCCGUCUCCACUACCUACUCGGUAGUGUCUGCGAUUACUGGUAUUGGUAUUGCUGCAGGAGGCUGGGACGCCCCACGAUGGGGAUGGCAUGGGGCCAAGGGCCUUGCCGCCAUCUUCUCUGGUCUCAUCAUCGCUCCUGCCAUCGGUGCCGCUUUCGGAAUUGCCAUCUACCUGCUCGUCAAGUACGGUGUCCUCCUUCGCAAGGACUCCGUCCGAUGGGGAAUGAUCACCGCGCCCAUUGUCUUCUUCCUCGUCGGUGCCGUCUUGACCAUGUCAAUCAUCUACAAGGGAUCCCCCAGUCUUGGUCUCGAUGAUCUCCCAUCUAGUACCCAGGCUAUCGCCAUCUGCGUCACCGCAGCAGUCGUUUCCAUCAUCUCCAUUCUCUUCUGGCUCCCAUACGUCUACACUAAGAUCGUCAAGAAGGACUACACCCUCAAAUGGUACCACUUCUUCUUCGGUCCUUUCCUUCUGCGACGUCAACCACCUGAGGAUGCUGGAGAAAUGUCUGCUGUUCCCGACUACCGAAUCCGUGCCGAAAACGACCUCGAUGCCCCAACUGCCCCUGCCGCCGCCGAAACCGAUUCUGAGAAGGUCAAGAGCGAAUCUGAAAAGGUCAAGGAGAGCGGCGACAGUAGCACCGAUGGCGAUGUCCACCCCAGCAAGCUCGCUGACGAGAUCGAGAAGCCUGUCGUCGAGGGUCUCUGGAUCAAGCCCAAGAACCUCUGGAUUCUCUUCCGAUACCACGCCCUCCCCUGGUUGACCAAGCUCCUCUUGCACGGCUCUUCCGUCGACAUCCACGAAAUGCAAAAAGACAAGCACACCCUCGAGGCCCACUCCCGCGCGAAGCAGUACCCCAACGAGACUGAGCACCUUUACUCCUUCAUGCAAGUCAUGACUGCUUGCGUCGCAUCCUUCGGCCACGGUGCCAAUGACGUCUCCAACUCUAUUGGUCCUUUCGCCGUUAUCUACCACGUUUGGGCCACUGGUCAACUCUCGGGCGACGACACCCCUGUUCCCAUUUGGUCUCUCGUCUUCGGAGGUGCUAUGCUUGUCAUCGGUCUUGCUACCUACGGUUAUAACGUCAUGAAGGUUCUCGGAAACCGAAUCACUCUCAUGUCCCCUUCGCGUGGCUUCUCUAUGGAGCUCGCUGCUUCAAUCACGGUCAUCCUCGCCUCGCAGUACGGCAUCCCCGUCUCCUCCACCAUGUGCAUCACCGGCGCCACCGUCGGUGUUUCGCUCUGCAACGGCGACUGGCGUGCCACCAACUGGCGUGCCAUUGCCUGGAUUUACGCUGGAUGGAUUCUAACCGUCCCCAUUGUCGCUACCAUCAGCGCAUGCAUGAUGGGUAUCAUCAUUAACGCACCACGAUUCUAA